AUGGACAAGAGUUGGAUUUCCUUAAAUAGAGGAUUGCCUGAGUAUGAAGAGGGCAUUAAAAAGUUUUUAGAUCAAGUUUUUAGUCGGGCAGAAGAUAAUAAGGCUCUUUGUCUUUGCCGAAAUUGCAACAAUGGAUAUCGUCAUUUAAGGGCGACUAUAGAAUUUCAUUUAUUCAAAUGGGGUUUUGAAACUACUUAUAGACGUUGGGUAUAUCAUGGAGAGGAAUCUUCAGAUGAAUCGGAAGAUGAAGUUAUGCAUGAAAGGCACGUUGAUGCUAAUACGUACCAGAUGAUAUAUGAUUACCAUCGAGCAGAGACAUGGGUAAUGGGUGUCGAUGAAGUAUUGGGUGAACAAGUUCCAGAAAGUCCGAAUGAAAAUGCCAAAAAAUUAUAUGGAUUACUCAAAGAUGUCGAGGAAGAGCUUUACCCAGGUUGUGAAAAAUACUCAAAGUUGUCAUUCAUAGUUGAGUUGUUUCAAAUGAAGUGUUUGCAUGGGUUAAGUAAUGCAGCAUUUGACACGCUGUUCAAGAUUUUGAAAAAAGCUUUGCCUCCAAACAACAAAUCACCGGAAUCUAUUUGUCCAAUUUGCGGAGAGUCGAGGUGGAAUCAGGGCGGAGAGAUAAGAAGCCAGAGAAACAAAAUUGCAAGAAAGGUUUUACGUUAUUUCCCUUUAACACCAGGACUACAAAGACUGUUUAUGUCGUCACAAAUAGCUGCUGCUAUGCGUUGGCAUAAAGAAGACCAUGUUGAGGAUGGGGUCCUAAGACAUCCAGCUGACUCUAUAGCAUGGAAAUCCUUUAAUGAGAAACACCUAAGUUUUGCCAUGGAGUCUCGUAAUGCAAGGCUUGGACUAGCAACGGAUGGGUUUAAUCCAUUUGGUAACAUGAGUACAUCAUAUAGCACUUGGCCAGUUGUACUAAUUCUAUAUAAUUUGCCUCCGUGGUUGUGUAUGAAACAAUCUUACUUUAUGAUAUCAUCAGUUGUCCCAGGACCCAAAAGUCUAGCAUAUGGGUCGAUAUCUGGGUGGAGUACCAAAGGGAGAUUAGCUUGUUCUUCAUGUAACAUUGAUACAAGUUCUUUUAGAUUGAAAUAUGGCCAAAAGCAAUGUUAUAUGGACUAUCGUCGAUUCUUGCCAGUUGGGCAUCCGUGGAGACGUCGUAAGUCGGUCAUUGGUAACAAUCAUGAAGUUAGACUUCCUCCUAAGCCUCCCUCAGGUGAUUAUGUACUUGAUCAGUAUGCCAAUUUUGAGCAAAUUAUAUUCCGAAAUGCUAAUCGAAAAAGAAAGCGUGGUGAUACAAAGGGGGAUAAUUGGAAAAAGAAGAGCAUUUUAUUUGAACUUCCGUACUGGAGAACCCAAUUGGUACGACAUAACCUAGAUGUGAUGCACAUUGAAAAAAAUAUAUGUGAUGGUAUAUUGGGUACACUUAUGGGCCUUGAGGGUAAGUCAAAGGAUAUGAUAAAAACUCGUUUAGAUCUUGAAGAAUUAGGCAUAAUGCAGGAACUCCAUCCAUUCCAGUCAGGUGAUAAAUAUACUUUACCACGUGCACGCUACACAUUGUCAAUGGAAGAAAAGAGAGUUCUAUGUAAAAUUUUGAAAGAUGUCAAGUCCCCUGAUGGUUAUGCUUCAAAUGUCUCUUGA